UUAUCCGGGUGGUUUCCCUAAGAGGGGAAAUUUUUUGAAUAUAAUUCCUGAGUGGGAAAGGUGGAGACAGACCAAGAUGUACAGUGCCUCUGCUAGGCAAAAUGUACGCUACUUUAGGAAUGAGCUUGACUGCUUGCAGUUCCGAAACGUUGUUUGGCAACCGUACGAUAUUGAUAACUUGCCUGCUUAUUGUCGUCGUAGUCCUCAACUAUGGACUUUCCAAGGCUAUGUUAUUUAUCGUUCGAUUAUUGAGCCUGUCAUGCCUAUGCGAUUCACACGACAGUUUGGGAUGUUGCAAACCAUUCCUGAGCUUACCCAUCCGUAUACAGAGGCCUAUCAUAAACCAAAGGGAUGUAAAUCGACCCAGACGGUACAAGCAUGCGUGGCGCAAUGGAGGGAUAAUCGCUUUGCCUUUACCGUUUUCCAUGAAAUGGAGCCCAUUGUAGGAGAGAAUCCAUUCCAAAUUACCGUGGAAUAUGCUAACCGGUUUGCAACGUACGGUCGGCGUAUUAUUGGAAACCCAUAUCAUCGACCUCUAGAAGGAUCUGAAAAUACUUCUGCCAAACUUGCAUUCUUGGUGAAUACAAUAAAGAAAGCGGAGCGUCGACUCGGUAAAGUUCUCGGAGCGGUUGCAGCAGAGGUUCGAGAAAACCUUAGGGGUGCUUUAGAAAACUUUGACCCCAACGAAAAUGAGCUUCUUGAAGACGAAGAAAUGCAUGGAGACGAGGAUGAGUUUGAUGCUAACGAGGUCGAGACUGGUCCAUAUUUCCCACAAACUGACAUUACUCAACCCGGACAAAGUACCCAAGAAGAUCUUUUUGGUGCGACACAAUUUGACACACGCAAUUUGGGUGGUGAUAACUUCGCAUCCUCGUCCAUGCCGCAUGACUAUGAGAACAGCCCGUUCGAUGAAAUUGAUGGCAUCGACAGUGAUAGGUUAUGGGAAAUAUUUUUCCAAAAGGCCAUUCCCUUGGGUUUACUAGAAGUAUACAUCGACAGUGCUCGUGCGGGUGGAGAUGAGGCCGGUCCAUCGAGACGUGAUUAUCGUGUUCGUUCGCAGGGGGAGACGAUUGCAGAUGAAGUUAUUGACAACCCUGACUCUGAUGAUGAUGAAGAGUACAUUCCUUCGGACGAUGACAUUGACACAGAAGAACAUUGGAUCCAUGAAAUGGAAGCUGAAGCUGGUGUAAGAGGAAUUUCUGGUGGCGUGUCUGAUGGCCCUCUUGCAAUAGGAACUGUAGUCGAUGUUGUCUAUGCAUCCGAACCACCAAACCUUAAUGCUACACCUGAAGAGACCCCGCGCUUUAAUGGACUUCCGAUAAUAUACCUUGUGUUCAUGUUCAUGCUGUUUACCACUCUUUUCGACAACAAGUUCCUCACAACAUAUUACCGGCUAGUUCUACCUCCCAAACGGCCAACAGAUGAGAUUCCACGUUCUGGGAGACGUCAACGCAAUCGAUACCAGGGCGAGAUGGAUUUCAGGGCAAGGAGAUGAUUUUAGUUUAAUUUUUUUUUAGUUUGUUUCAGGGAAGGUAUUGUAAUUCUUGUUUACUUCAGAUGUUGAGAAUGUAAUUUUCUGUUAAUGUUUUAAUAUAUUUAUGUUUUCAAUAUUGCGUUCUUUUUCUUGUUGAACAUCUCUUUAUUAAAUUUUUAUUGGUUGA